ACAAGAAGUCGUCUUCCUUGUCUGCUUCUUUUCCUCGGUUUUGCCCUCCUCAGAUGAUCCGUUGGGCAGCCACCUGCAGCUGAGGCACAACAUGAGCAUACGGAAACUAAGUUUCAAAUGGUUCGGCAGCCUAACCAACCUCAGUUUUCGCCGCUCCACUGAGAAAGACUCCAAGGCCUCCAAGUCCAAGUCUGGAGCCGGAUGUUCACCUGGAGAUGACGGCGACUGUGGUUCCAUCUUGUCUCCAGUGGCCGAGACGUCGCUGGACGACAUGGACGCCAUGCGUCCUCGCACUGCCAGCUAUGUGCGCUCCAGUGAGAGCUACACACAUGUGGGCACGCUGCCACGACUGCUGAUGAAGAGGAGGGAUAAGAGUAAUAAAGGAUGCCCCAGCGGCAGUGGUAGCAAUAAGAGGAGUAAAGAUAAGGCCGGCAUCAGCAGGAGUCAAAGCCAGCGACCUGCAGGGGACCAAAGCCACGGAUCUCUGAAAUUCACCUCAUCUAAAGCAGUCGGAGAUGAAGCUGUAGUAAAAGCCGAGAGUGGGCUCAACCAAAGCUCUCCAACUGAUCCCAAGACAGAGCCUGAACCUGAAGCUGAAAGUAAAGCCUCAGACAUCCAGCAGAGCAUCUCUGGAUCUGCCUGUGAGGAUGUGUCACCAUCUGCUGGUUCGAGUGCAGCACUCCAGCCAGAGACCUGCGACAACCAAGGCAGGACCGAGGCAGGUGAAGACUUGAACCCUGGGGCCAUGAAAGAGGCUUCAUCAGCUCCACCGUUCUGGGGGGAUGAUGGAACUCUGGAGGUUGACGGGUUAGAGUCCGAGCCUGUUUCUGAACCAAAGGAGGAGACAGGAAACGAAGAGCCGACAGAAGGAGCAGACAAAACAAACCUCGACUCUGACAGCCCCAUGGAUCCAGGAGAGAACCAGGGAGAAUACGUCCAAUUCUCCAAGGAGAAGUAUCUGCUGGAGUCUCCCCCCGAGAAACUUCGUAAGGAGCUGGAGGAGGAGCUGAAACUGAGCCCCGCUGACAUCAGGAGCCAUGGCUGGUACCAUGGACACAUACCCAGAGAGGUGUCGGAGACUCUGGUUUUGCGUAACGGAGACUUCCUCGUCCGGGACUCUCUGACCAGCGUGGGCGACUACGUUCUGACCUGUCGAUGGGAUAACGAGGUGUUGCACUUCAAGAUCAGUAAAGUCCUGGUCAAAUCCAAUGAGACUAAGGUGCAGUACGUGCUGGAGGCCGAUAGCUUCGACUCGGUUCAGGAGCUGGUGCGGUUUUACGUGGGCCAACGCAAGCCGGUCUCCCAGUCCAGCGCUGUCCACAUCUACUGUCCAGUCAGCAGAACUCUCCCGCUGCGCUACCUGGAGGCCACCUUCGCCCUCUCCAACAGCAAGCAGGGCUCGGCCUACUCGCCAUCCAGCCAGAGGGGGGCGUACAUCAAGAGGAGGAGCGUCACCAUGACCGACGGGCUGACCACGGAGAAGAUGAUACCUCACAGCCCGUCCACCAUCCACCACCACAAAGACGCAAUGCGGAACUGUGCGAUGAGCAUGGACCAGAUUCAGGAGUACCGCUGCCCCUUGUCACCUGUUGGAGAGACUCCACUGUCUCCUGCGUACAGUGCCAUCACCAGGCAGAGAGCCCACUCAGGCGGACGUGUCCUGGCCGUCGUCCCUCCCUCCCCCGUGAUGCGGCGCUCCAGCGACCCUCAGCUCAGCCCCUCGGCCAGCAACAACCCCGCAGAGUUCCCCGCUCACACCUCUCACUCGGCUCACUCCUCGCCCGCCCAUCAUCCCGGCUACCAAUCGCAUUCCUCAGAAACAGCAGGGAGCUACUGUGACCUCAGACCUUGCCCCUCCGGGCCUCCCAAACCCCCGGCUAAGAGCUACGUAGAGCGGUUGCGAGUGGAGGAAGGGAGGGAGGAGGGAGCGAGAGAGGAAGGAGAGGGGAUGUUCAGCGCCCCACAAGUGGAGACGGCUUCCUCAUUCAGGCCAUCCAGGUACGAGUCUUGCCUUAUGCCAGCUGAGAACAAGCCUCUGGAGAUGUCUGUGCUGAAGAGAGUCAAAGAGCUGCUGGCUGAGGUGGAUGCAAGGACCGCGGCUAAACACAUCACCAUGGUGGACUGCACGGUUGCGAGAAUAUUAGGUGUGUCCUCAGAAAUGCAAAGGAUGAUGGGAGUGUCCUCAGGGCUGGAGUUACUGACACUACCACAUGGACACCAGCUGAGACUUGACCUACUGGAGAGGUUCUACACCAUGUCCAUCAUGAUGGCCGUGGACCUCCUCGGCUGCACGGGGAGCACGGAGGAGAGGGCGGCGCUCCUUCACAAGACCAUCCAAUUAGCAGCAGAGUUGAAAAGCAAUCUGGGCAACAUGUUCGGCUUCGCUGCUGUGAUGAGAGCCCUGGAGAUGCCGCAGAUUUCCCGCCUGGAGCAGACGUGGGUAACUUUACGCCAGAGACACACAGAGGGUGCUAUUCUGUAUGAAAAGAAACUUAAACCCUUCAUGAAGAAUAUGAACGACGGCAAAGAAUCCAGCGCGCUGUCCAACACCUCUUUCCCCCACAUCAUUCCCGUCCUGUCUUUACUGGAGCGAGGUGUGGCCCUCGGGGAGACGCUGGAGCCCUGGGAGAGCGCCGAGGUGGGAGUAGAUGUGGUCAUGUACCACCUAGAGGCGGCUCGGACCAUUGCACAUCACGGGGGAAUCUACCGAACCAACACAGAGACCAAACUGCAGGGAUUUCAGGAGCGAGCAGAGAUUCACGAGAUCUUCCAGACGGAGUUCCAGAUGCGCCUCCUGUGGGGCAGCCGCGGCUCCGAGGGCAGCCAAUCGGAGCGCUACGAGAAGUUCGACAAGGUCCUCACCGCCCUAUCACACAAGCUGGAGCCUCCCGUGCGCCACAGCGAGCUAUAGCAGCCGCCAGCUUCGCCAAAACAACUUUGCACUCGCCGCUGGUGGCGGUACGGUCUUUGUUUUGCAUCAGUAACGCGUGGAGCUUGAACACUGGGAGAGCGAAUGAAGAGGCAGCUAACGGAGCAUGUGCAGUGAGCAGGAGGGGAACAGGAAGGAGGGUCUCACUUCCAACACGUGUUGCACUCACUGUGGACUCAGAAACAAGGCGCAGAGUGUCUUCUGUUCCUCUCUGCGGACUUCCUCACUCGGCGCUAAAAUAUUUAAAUGCAAGCGAGAGGAGGGUGACCAGCUCCUCUAGUGCGAACAGCAUACGGUGUCCCCAGAGGGCCAAACAGAGCUACAGAAUGGCUCCACAGACACUCACAGCGCUGUAGCCGAAACGACAACAAUAACUUACAUAGCUCAUAUAUAGAUGUUAAGUCGAGUGAGUGAGUGUGUGUGUGCGUGUCGGUAAGCGUGUUUGAGUUCCUUCAUUUUUAGCGUUUCAUGUGUUUUUCUUUUUUAAUUAUUCUUAUUAUUUCUGUCUUAUUUAUUUUGUUUUGAUCAAAGGACAUGGAAAACAUUCUGGACGUUGCUUCAUGAGAAUCUGUCGGCGCUCAUUCCGAGGAAAACCCUGCUCAUAAAACCUCAUCAAAUAUGUAUCAAGCAGUCCCAUCGAAUCCCAUUAAAAAUGUACCAGGCAUGCAUUAAUAAAUGUAUCAGAAAUGAAACAUUUGCAGAAGUAAUGCGGAAACUUCGACGCGAAGGGCUUUAGCGAGUUGUUAAAAAUGUUAAGAGAACAAAGCAACCUCCCGCUGUUUGACUAACACAUCCGAUACCGUGCGUCCUGUGCACAAAAUGUAGCUGAGAACGGCAUCGUGGAAGAAAUGUGGAAUGUACACACUUUAAAUUUCAGUUAAAGCAAUGUUUCACUGAGUGUUUAAGCAUUUAUGAACGUGCUUUGGUCUCAAACUAUUUGCUGAAAUGAUUUAAACGGUUGACGCAUGCGCCGAUAAAUGUUACACCGAGUAAAAUGUUGCUUUAAUCACAAUUUAAAUAUAAAAAAAAAUCAGAUGGAUGAUUCAGUGAGGGUGUUUUGUGUCUGUGGAAAAAUCCUAAAUGAUGAAUGAAAAUCUGUCAUCUUGAAUUAUUUUUGUUUUUCAGUUCAGAUUUGGUUCUUUUCAUGAAUCUGAGGAUGUGCGUACCACAGCUGGGCUACAGAGAAUGUCUCCGAUGGAUGAGUGCUUUUGAAAUUUGUUGUUUUCAGCAAUAGAGCUAAAAAAAAAAUGAUUGGAGUCAUUUUAUUUCUACGGGAUCACAUUGUGGUGGACUCCUCAGUGUUUUACCUUACUGCUGUGUUGGCAGUAUACGGGCCUGAGAGCCGACUCUCAGAGCUAUGCAAUCAUCUCAACCAAGGGCUGAGACCCCUGAGGAACAGACCCCCGCUCAGAAUAUUAUAGGAAGUCGUCAAUCCUGAACCUUUCCUCUCCAAAUGAAGAGAUGAUCAGAUCUCAUUCAAGCUGAAAUAAUUCAGAAAAUGUUCCUUCGAUGCUAGACCUGCUCAUUGGAGACGUUUGAUUGAGUUUAACCCCCAUUUUCUACAUUGGCAGCAGAGUUCAUGUGGUUAAUGUUCCCAUUGUGGUCCAACAGGGGGCGCUUUAGUCAGCAAAAAAAAUCAGAAUCAUUAAUUAUAAUGCUGAAGACAUGUAGAGAUUUAACACAUGUACGGUGUGUUCUGAGACCAAGAGGAUGCCUGCUGGUUUAGGUCAGGUAACACUGAUGAUGAUGAUGAUGAUGAUGAUGAUGAUGAUGUGAAAUGUUUUUAUUUGUCCUCUGUUGAAUGAUGUACAGGAAUGCUCUGACAGCGCGUGGAUCCUCCUGUUGUGUUCAACAGGACUGUAUGAGAUGAACUUGAAAAGCAAAAAAAACAAAAACAAGACGAGAAACGAUUUAGGACCGAUCUCAUGUUUUUUUACGUACUGUACAUAGCAAUUCACUUUUUUCAAAUAAAAUGAUUGCUUGUGUCAA